CACAUUCCCCGAAUACAUCCAUCAAUUCAAUUAAUAUACAAACACUAAGAAAAACAAUCUCAUUCACGACUACCUAGGAAAUACUAAACUUGAAUAUUUCAUUCGUAUUAACACGCUGAAAGCGUCUCCUCGCUCAGAACUCAAGUAUCUUCAAGAUUCGCAAUGGAGAACACUGGAGAGCAAGCUCCUUUCGUACCUUUCACCAAAGCUGAGCGCAUUCAGCAGCUAGGUGAAAUUGACCGAGGAAUUGUCAGCCUUUUACGUUCCGCUGGUGCAGCUAUUCAAACCCUCGGCACGCAACAAGCCCAAGGCGAGGAUACCAUUAUGACCGAAGACAAAGGCCAGCAGUCCCAGGUCUUUCAAGAUUCCUUGAACGAGUUCCUACGCACGCUCCGCACAGUUAAUGUCGGCAUGAAGCGUCAGAUUUGGGGACUCGAGGAAGCACACAUUAUCUCCCUAGAUAAGGAAUCGCAGAAUGUUCGAGAUGAAGGCGGCGAAUCCCAGGGAGCUAGCCAUCGCAAUGCCCCUCUGAAGCCGGACGGCGACGGAAAGAUAGGCGGACUUGAUGUGGGAUGGCUCAAUAGCCGGAGUGACAAGGUUGAGAGGGACAUGGAAGCCGACCUCUGGAAAGAGGCAGAAUUGUACUUACGGCGACUCAUAGAGCAGAAUGAUGCCGCUGCAGAUUCGAUUACGGUGGCGAGUCAUGUACAGACUUACCUAUAAUCAGCUAUGGUGUUUCUCAUGGUCAAUUUCGGGGGUUAGGAGGCAUCAGCAUUGGGUGGCGUUUUUGGAGUUACGUAUACCACGGAAGUUGGGUUUUCACCAAGACCAUCAGUCUUAAUUUUAGUCAUUAAGGCUUAUAUGAACUCGUCGGGUUCAUGGUCAUUUUCUCAUUCGUGAAUAUAUAUUGCUAGUGAAGCAACAAAACGAAAUAAUCCAACUUGGAAAGCUAUAGUGAGCGAUAUAAUCGAUUCUUUAAAUUAUUUACCAUAAAAUCAUAGCAUGAUUCCUACCUAGGUACUUACAAUCAAGGAAC